CGCGGACUAUAGUUGGUGAGUUGAGUGUAGGUGGUGGUGGUGGUUGUCGCCGAGCUGAGAGUGGUGGUCAGCCUCCCCGGGCCAGCGCGUGCCGAGCCGUGGACCAGCGCCUGGCCUUUACCUGCCGUGGCCGCACUAGUCGUCGAGGGCCAGCAGGGCGUGGCGGCGGCCCCAGCGAGCAGAGGGCGGGGCGGCGCGUGGCGAGGCGGCCAGCACGGCGCCUAUCUCGGUGGUGUCACGCUGCUCCUCAGGUUGUUGUUGGUGUGUGUGUGAGUAUGUCAUGGUGCAGCUGCCAGGGAUGAGUGGCGGCGGGGGCAGAUAAUGUGGGGCGGCGGGGCAAGUGGUCAUGCCCCCCAGCCACCACACCAACUUCAGGAGGAGGAUAGUGAGGCCUGGCCGGCCCCUUCCUUCACCCCUGCUGUUGAUAUGGAGGCAGGCCGGCGGCCACGCCCGCCCUCCCGCCCGCUACCCCCAGGUGGCCUGGGCCGUGCCAGGUGAACAGCAUGGCAGAGCCCCAGCACAAGCGGGCUAAGUUGCCCCCCUCAGGUGAAGGCGGGGCUGGGGGCCGGCCUGGCCGUCUGCUGCCCCGCCGAGACCUGGAGAUCAUCCACACUCGGCUGACACACAAGUGCCUGUGUUCCCUGCAGCUACCGGACAUCCUGCACACGCUGGCCGUCUGCAAUGAGUGCCUGGCCAACCGUCCUGCUGCCCGGCCUGGCCUGCUGCGGGAGGAGACGCUGCUCUACACGGGUAUGCUGACACUGUUCUUUGAGGUGUCACUUCGGCAGCAGAGUCGUGGUGUCCUGUGUGCCCGCAUCAGCCAAGUGGCUGCUGCCGGGGCAGACAAUGAGGCUGCUGUGUUGGACGUCCUCUUCACCCUCCUAGCCUCCCCUGACGCCUAUGUCAGCUACUCCUCAGCACGUGCCCUCUCGGCCCUGCUGCUCAUGCUGAGGGGCCGGGCGGGGGAGGUGGUGCUGGAACGGCUAGUGGAAAACCUGGCAGCCUCGCCCCGCCUGGUGGAGGUGGGACACUCUGUGGAGGUGGUGCGUCGCGUAAUUGAGUGGAAGGAUGCGGACGAACACCCACUGGAGGUUGGGGAGGAGGGUGGCCCACCACCGGACUGUUCUCUUGUGCGGCUGGCCCCGGCGGAGGCCCAGGGGGCCAAUGAGGUGAAGCACUUGGCUACCCGCACCCUGGAGCGGCGCUGGUUCGCCCUGGUGGGCCGCCUUACCCAGCUGGUCAACGAGUUCUCAGCAGAGCGAGAGCAUGUGGUGGUGUCCUUCCUGGCCCUGUGGGAGUCCCUCAUUUCGGUGAAGGCCAACCUCUCCGUCACAGACACCAAGGAGUUCUACUCUGGGCUGGAGCGCCUGAUGCCCCCCCUGACACGGCACACGGCAGCGGUGGUGUGGCGCAAAGUACUGGACCUCUACAAUGAGGUGCUCUGCUACGGCAGCACGUUGGCCCUGCAAGACGUGCUGGCUGAGGAGCCUUGCAACCUGGCUCACCUGCUUAUCCGGGCUGUCAAGGACCGCAGGUUUCUGGAGUGUGUGCCUUGUGGAGGAGUGGGGAGUGGGACCGGCUCUGGGGGGGAGGUUGCAGGGAGUAUGGCCGGUCCAGGUCCCAGCUCACAGGGCCCCUCGGGGGGCAUGGACCCUGGUGACAGGACGGUGUUACACAAAGUGGUGUUGGUGGUGCUCAAGGCUAUUGCAGUGACAGUGAAGGAGACGCGCUGUGACUCCUCUUCGGAGAAUUCGUCCCGAUCGGGUGGAUCUGGCUCGGAGGACGUGGACAUGGCCAUCAUUGAGCGCAGUCUUCGGGAGGUUGUGCGCAAGGUGGAUGACUUUGUCAAGGCCAAAUUGCCCUUCCACCCCGAGGCCCCCAUGGCUGAGUGGAUGGUGCGCCUCUUUGCUGACCAGGAUGACUGGCUGGUGGAGUCCAUGGUGUGUGGCCUGGACAUUUUCACUGGCCUUGGCCUGCGCAUCAGGCAACAGCCAGAACUGCAUGCCUGCGUUAACCCUCACACCACCUUUCUGGUCUUCCUGGAGACGGUGUACCUGGAGCAUGAUGUUCUGCUCGACCUGCUGGUAUCCAACGAGACCUGCUUCCUCCUCUACCUGCUCCGCUACCUCAAGUUUAUCCGCCGCAGCUGGCACGAGUUUGCCUCCCACUGUGGCCGCCGGCUGGAGGAGGUGAUGACAGUGUUGAUUCGCCUCCGCUUUGCCAUCGACCGUCUGGUGUCCAAGAACCUCUUCCCUUACAACAUUACACCGGUCCUCAAACUGCUGCAGAAGUGUGAGGAGCUGUACGAGGGUGGGGAGCACUAGGGUUGUCCCGCCCUGUCAGCUGGCAAGGUGGGUGGGCAGGCAGUUUGGGAUGGCAGCUCUAGGAUAAGAACUGGGCAGGGAGUGGAGUGUUGAAGAAAGUAACCCAUUAUAAGGUCACAGUGCACCCAGACCUUGCCAAGAGAGGCACUUAAUGUGAAGGUGUCUUUGUUACUUAGUGUGCAAAGUCAGCAAUACCUCUUUCCCCUGAGUGCUGCAGCACCAGUAAUGCCUCCACCAUGACCUUGGCAGCUGCUUGGGCUUGGGAGGAUGUUUAUAGUGUUAGAGAAACUGACGUACCCUCAGUUGCAAUAUCAUAUAUUUUUAUAUUUAUUUAGGUCAUUCAUGUCUUACUUAACAAUGCUCUCUGCUCUCACUCAGUUUUAAUAGUUGUGUCAAAGUGUUGAGGUGGUUGUCAGGUGUGCUUGUAGUGAAGAGGUGGGAAAGGUUGGUAGAACCAGGUGUGUAUGUAUGUGUUUGUGUUGCAUUGCAUUGCAAUGUGUGCAUGUGUGUGUUGCAUUGAAUGCAGUGUGUUACAAUGCAGUGUGUGUGUGUGUGUGUGUGUGUGUGUUUCUUUUUUGUAAAGACAUGUAUGCAUGCAGGGCUAGAGUAUUUUAUUUUAUAGACCAAACAUAAUAUCAAGAACAGUAUCAUUGAGAUGAAAAUUUAAUACCCUCCUUCCCAACCCUGGGGUCGCAAGCGUUUUUCCUGGGGUCGCCAAGACCUCAAAAUAUCAAACAUGGUGUUACUCUAUUAUAAUAACACAUAUACAACUAAACUAGUGGGGUCACGGUCAUGUCUAGAGGUGCAUGAUUGGGGUCGCCUGAAAAAAAGGUUGGGAACCACUGAUUUAAUAUAAUAUACAUAUAAUAGCCAUGCACUUCAUUAAUGGAUUGAACUGACUUGUCAAUGAGGUCACCUGCAUAGUUAUUUCUUAAAUAAGCAAAUUUAUUGGUAAACAAAUUUAUUUGGGGUCUCUUCAAGUGUGGAUUCAAGGCCUGUUCCUAGUCACCCGAUGGCUGAUCCUCCCCUGCAUUCCUCUUUAAACACAGUUAUGUGUAGCUGAAUGAGUCACAUGGCCGUAUUCCUGGAUCAUCACAUUUGCAAUCAUGAUUGUAUGCCACUAUUCAUAGUCGUUGCUGUUAUUGGAACGCUUGAUGUGUAUGAUCUGUCAAAAUUUUUUUGGAAGCCCCUUUCUGCUUUGUUUCCUGGUGCCUUCUUGUAAGGGCACUCAUAAUGAGAAGGGUUUUCAACUUUGUCAUUCUAUCACUGCUACAAAAUCCCUGAAUUGGUAUUAUGAACACUAUUACACCUGUAUUUCAUGUUUUUAAAGGUUGUGCCAGGUUACCAUGAAAAACUAGAAAUGUAAGCAGUGGUAAACCUAGUAACAUUGCUAAGGGAAGCUGCUGCUUGUGUAUACAUAGCCUACUGUAAGCCCAGCUGUGUUGUGACAGUUACCAGCUUGUCACUCUCAAUACUGGCCACAAAACCAACACAUUUAUGGGUUUAGUAUUACACAUGUCUGUAAAUGCACAAAAAUUAGCUAUAACCACUGUUCAAGGAGUCAUAAUUAAAAAAGUUAAGUCUUUUAUUAUUUCAAAUAUUUUUUGUGGGUGGGUUGGUAAUUGCUUCACGAGAGAACAAGAGGCUAGUGGGAAUACUACACUAUGUGAUCAAGGCGGUCAUCACGAUGGUACGGAUUGUAUCAUUGCUAUUGCACUUAUGAAAAACUGGGAAUACGGCCGACACUCUCUUUAUGGUUAUGAAUACUGUAUGUGGUUCAUAAUGUACUUACCACAAGGCUUUAAAAAAACUUAACUCAAGAUUUUAGCUGUUCCUACUCCUACUUUUGUCCCAUUCCUCAUUACUGCCCUGGUGGCAUCCCUUGCCCCUUUCCCUGGCAUGCUGAUGGUCCUGCCCAUGCCCUUGCUCCUGCUUUUAUCAGCAGAGGCAAGUCCCUCUGACUCUGCAACACAUUUGAGGAAUAUUGUUGUGGGGGGUGUAGAGGAAAAUAACAUAUGGACCUCUAAUCAGGAUAAAAAGAUAGAAAGGUUUAAGUAUAUGAUAUAUUAUAUACUGGUGUUAUAGUACUGUUACAUGUGCAUAUAGCCCAGUGCAUGCUUAUUGUAUUCUCAAACAGUAUGUCAUUUGUCGGUUCUCUCAAACACAACUGGUUUCAGCCUAGAGCAAAAGUUCAUCUUAGUAUUGUAUGUGUUUCUGUUGCCCAGUCUGACAUGUUUUUACUGAGGAAGAAUGAUUGUGUGGGUGUGUGUGUGGGUGUGUGUGGGGGGGAGGGGGUUUCUCCAUAGUAGUGCUUCAUGUAUACAGACUAUGACUGUGACCAAUCUAUGAGUUGUUCUGCAGAUUGUUGCCUUGGUAUGGUUUGCAUGACAGAGCAUCACUGCUUGUCCCUCACUACUGCCAUUAUGAAUAGUUACUUUUAAUUUAUCCCACCCUGUAAGGUCCUUAGGAAGAAAAAAAGGCAACUGCUUCAUCAGAGUAUUGUUUAAGGAUAGUUUGGUAGAAUGUUUUUCUGCAGACUUGCCAAACUUUAUCACCUGUUAAAAUCUGCACACAGCACAUUCCUCUUUUCAGGUCUUAGCUUGGAAGUAACCUUCAGACAGUUUGUCUUUUGUUUUGGAUAGUCUUUUUGUUUUACACUGCCACACAGUCAAGUGCAUAAUAACAUGAUUUUUGUUAUUGCUGCCAUCUAUUUGCUGGUACAUGUUUGUUUCAUUCUUUGUAUAAUUUUAGAGGAACUAUAAUAAGCAUCAGUGCAACAUUCUCAUGUGUGUGUGUGUGUGUGUGUGUGUUCUUUUCUGGGUGUGCAGCAGUGUGGUGCAAGGUGUGGCUGGCUGGCUGGCCCGGUGUGGAGGGUGUGCAGUGCCCCAUCCAUGGUACGUGGAGGGUGUGCAGUGCCUCAGCCAUGGUACAAGUGGCCCAGAAAAACAGUUUUCUGCAUUUGGCAGACUUCCUGUUUGAUCCUCUGUUCCCUUCAUGGAUUGCUUCCCACAUGAGUGAAGUUUAUUGUCUUGAGAUAACUUGAUGGAACUGCUGAAAUUUCAGUGUUUAAGCUAUAGAAAGGUCAUCAUAUUUGGCUCAUGAAUUGUCUUUAUUGUAGAGUAGUGAUUCUUGCUGGUAGUGAAAGAAAAGAGUCGGCACUAAGCUGCCAUCAUUUCUUGGACUGAACAGCUGCAUAUUCCUUGUAUUAAUUUAACAGUAGAUGAAAAGCAGUAUUUUCUUCCUUUAUUUAAAGUAAUCUCUUUCCUUCCAAAGUCACAUAAACCAUUGUUCUUUGCAGAGCAUUUAUGUUAACUUGUAAUCUCACUUGAACUUAGACGGUGAUCUGUGAUGCCACUGCCUUGAGUCUUGCUCCGGUCUGCAUUUGUUCUAGGCAGCACUUUUAUAGGAUCCCUUUAAAUGGUCAUGGCACUCCUUUGAUUAAAACCUUUGUGUUGGACUCCUAACCUUACCUGUUAGCCUGGUGAAGACUUUGUCAGCCACGGUUGUCCUGUCAUCAAGGUCUGUGUGCUGCAACACUGGCACACCUGUCUCAUAGAGCAGCCACCUAUGCCCCUAAUCCAGGGAUUCAACAGAAACAAAUGAAAUCUGCUUUGUUUAUAGUCCAUCUUUUCCCAUUCUUGGGGUCGAACUUGUGAUGAUCCUCCUCCAUUGUGCUCAAAAGUGCUGAUCCUUCCUCUAUUUCUAUGACUUCCAAGUCUUGAUGCACUGUUCCUCUCCAUGUUCUCCUUGGUCUUCCAACUUGUCUCCUUACAGGUACCUCCAUUUCCUCUAUCCUCCUCAGCACUCUCUGCCUUCUGUCUCUCUUUUCACAUGUCCGAACCAUUGCAAUCUUCUCUUGUGUCUCACUCUUCUGUAUCUCUUUCAAACCACGUCUCUUAGCCACUUCCUCACUAGACACCCUGUCCUGCCACCUCACUCCAGCCUCUUGGCAUCCUUUGAUCACAUCUUCUAUGUAAGGAUGACAAACCCCUCACCUACAGUUCAACAAUUUUGGCCUGGAGCUCUGACAAGAUUGAGCUGGUCCUCAUAUUGGGGGUUGGAGGUCACAUCAAACAUCUUAUUUUAUGCUUCAUAGGUUACUCCAGUCAAGGCAAUCAGCUCCUCCAUUUUCACCUUCAUGCCUUCUCCAGAUAGCUCGGCCAUGAUUGCUUUUUCAGCCAUGUUGGUAUUUUCAUCAAGAGCUGUCUGCAGUGCUUGUGUCAGCUGAUUUAUCUCUUUCUGUAUUGCUUAGGUAUGAUUCAGGAGAGCAUUAACCUCAUUGCCAUCUGAGGAAGCUCCUCCACAGCUGCUAUUUGAUGCCAUCAACUGGAUCUGCAACUGCAUGGCCUGCUCCCUUAACUUGUGGAGCUCAGCAGCCUGGGGUCACUAAAGACAGUUGGUUUAUUCUUAAUCUUCUGGGCAGGGUCAGCAUAGGAAAGAGCACUCAAGGACUCCAAAUUACUGUCAGCUGGUGACACACUGUGUGAGAGCUGUCUCCAUGGGAGUCUUGUAAUUACUUUGUUAACUUUGAAUCCUUGUAUGAGAUGUGACCUCAGCCUCCAUCCUCAGAGAGCUGAGAUAACAUUCCCAAGUGCCAGGAGACCCUUGUUAAUGUUCACUCCGUCUUUGAACCGCUCCCCAGUGGCACCAGUCUUUUUGGCAUAUUCACUGCCAGCCAGGUCCACCAUGUGAAACUUUGCAGACUCAGUGCUCUCUCCUUUCUUGUGUUAUAUUGUUUGAUGUGCUAAGAGACAAUGGCGUGAAAGCGGCUGGAGCAUGCGUUCAUGGCUGGUGGGGCACCAGCCACAGCACCCUGUUCGAAACACAUCUUGGUCUCCUCAGUGCUGGUCACAGGAAUCUCUUAUCACCAGUAUUCUUUCGGCAUCUUCUUGGAUGUCUACAAUACAUUUUUCCUUAGUAGAUUGAUUGCUAAGUAGAUAAAAAAGCAUUUCUUGUAGAGCUCAAUAAACAACACUUUGAUCAUGUACACGUUGUCCAUCUGACUUGCCACACCGUGAGAUAUGUCCUGCACAGCUCGGGGAAUAAUGCCAGCACCAUCCGGGUUAUCUGCUUAGUGCUGUAGCAGUGUGCAAGUACAGUUACAUUAUAACCUUUGAACAGAUUCUGGACCACGUUUUUUAUUGAGGUUUCUUACAUGUAUCUCUGGGUGCUGUCUGUUGGGUAGGCAUGAUCAUAAGUAAAGAAACAAAUGAAAUGAUCUGUCUUAUGGUGGCAUGCAGUAGUCUUCACCAUUAUAGUCCAAUCACUUAAGCUGGAUCCCUAGCGAGUAAGGAUGCUACUAAUAGGCUGUUGGCAGGAGGGGUGUCUGACAGGUGUGAUUUUGUAAAAUUUUAUUUGCCUCUUUUUAAAUUGGGUCAUCUGUUUCUUAAGUAUCUCUCUUCAUUGAACAAAUACUUCUCUCACUUGUAGAUCUAAAAUAUUAUAAAAUAUAACUGUUGAAGAUGUCAAAUUAAGCAAAAAGCAAACAUCUAAAUUAAGAGUGGUUGUUGGCAGGUUGUCUGGUGUAUAUAUCUACUUUUUGUAUGUUUUGAUGUUUGUAGUUUACAAUGAGGUCAUUUAUAAUGAUCACAGUAGGCAGUGAGUGCCAUGGUGUAGCCUGUGCAAUGUCUCCUUGGCUCUCCAGUGUUCUCUUUCUUCUGACAGAAUGACUAUUUUUGUAUUUACUUUUUACAAAUAUUUAUUUGUGAGAAAUUGAGCCUCCAUUCACAGACUUUAUUUUUCCUGCAUCAAGCUAAGCACUGUAGAUAGUUUGUUGAGGAAAUGUAAUGUUUUGUUUUAUAGUAGAUAUUAAAAGAAAGUAGUGUGUAGAACUUUUUUACACUUGAGAAAACAUCUGGGAGUACAUUUAUCUGUUGUAUCAGUAGAUAACCAUCAGGAUGACAUGGUUAUGGCGGGCAGCAGCCUGGCCUUGGAAGGAACAGGCAGCCUGCCCGUCAGUGCCAGCUCUGUGUGUGGUGAGUCCCAUGUUGUGACGGCAGCUCUGAGCCCCCAGAGCUGAGCCCUGUGGGCCUGUGGCAGCGUGGGGGUGUUCUCAAAACAAAGCUCUAGUCUGUACAUGUGUGCCAUGGACUCAGAAAACUGUGAAUGCCCAAUUUUGUUUGUACAUUCUUGUAACUUCUUCAAAUUUGGCUCGUCAAACAACAAAACUGACUAUCUCCUCCAGACCACAGCACCACCAGUGUUGCUAAGAGAGUGAGGUACAAAGAAUGUUAUUGGAAUGUGUGGUCUGACAUGGCAGGAUAUUCCCAAAACAUAUCAUUCAGACUGCAUUUAUUGGAAUAGAAAGCACUUGAGGACUCAGUCUGUCAGGGUGGUCUUGUUGUAUACUAUUUUAUUUCUAAAUUAAUACAAGUUUAUCAAGAUUAGCUUCAUUGAUUUUGUUUUUGUUUAGGGACAAGUAUCUUUGUUCUGGGAUGAAUUGUCAUCCAAAGUUCACUGAAUAAUUAAAGGAAAUAUUGAAGUUAUCAUAAACUUUGCACCACAAACAUUCUAGGGAUAAUGUGUCUGUGCUUUGUCAUCUUCAUACCAUGUAUUUUUUUAAUAUAUUGAAUUCAGUUAAAAAUACCAUGUCUUAUUUUUGGCACCCAAUCCAUGGAGGGGAGAGUGUAACUUCAGUCACAUCAGGCUGUUGUAACAUUGAAGGCUGAGGAGAGGAAACAAGACUGCAAAAGAUUUGUUUGUGACAGCCAUGUUGAGGGUGUGAAAUUGCCACACAUCAUAGUGUUUGCUGUGUUGCUAAAGGUUGAUCAAACUCCUCCAAGCUAGGCACAUGAGGCCAUGUGGCCCCAAUAAAGUUGCAGGAAAGCACUCCAUGGAGCAGUGAUUAGCGUGUCUAGCUAUGAAUUCGUGGGCCUGGGUUCAAAUCCUGGCCCAGGCAGUGAAGUGUAGCUCACCCAGCUGUUCAUCCUCUCUUUUGGUAUAUGGGUACUGGGAACCUUGUCGGAAGGUAAACUGGUAAUCCUGGUCUUCACAGUGGCCCGUGUCCCGGGGUAAUGGGUUCUUAUCCACACACAGGUUCUAAGGGCCAACGAUAUGAAGACACCACAGGUACUCGCAGCUGUAGCGUAUGCACCCAACUUUACUUACUUGUCCCACAUUGGUACUCAGAUGCCAUAUGUUCAAUGUAUGACCUUUCCUUGGAAAGUAAGUCGAACACAUGAACACUUAAGUGGCAAGGUUCUUGUGUUUUGCAGGGUUGUGUGUGACGGUGUGUGUAGUUCAGGGGUGUGUGUGGCACUGUACCUAGGUAGAGAAAAGGAAAGGAAGGGCUGAGUGUUUCUGUGCACUUUUGUGGUGGAGGGCUUUGUGUGGCGCUGAAGCUGUGUGGAAAGACGGAGGGAGGACUGUCUUAUCUAUGUCUUGUAAGAGGAAUGGGGACAGGGCCACUGUAUCUGUGGACUCAAAUAAGUGGGCACCCCCUCAAGGGUGUAGGUAGAUACUUGGAGGCCCAAACCUUGCGCGCCGAGGGACCCCUACAGCGGCAGUGUGUUUGAGUGUCCGCCUUCAUGGGCACUUCGGAUUUCCCUAUUCAUAGAGUUACUUCCCCACAGCUACGCCACCUCCUUCCCCUUUCCUUCAUUAAUCUGGAGUCUCGUUGAUUAUCAGGUUAUUUCGAGAGGGUCAACAUACGCUGAUGGUGGCGGUUUUAUAGCUAGAUACAAUUUUCUCAGAAUUGGGGUCACAGGGAGGGGCCCGCGUGAUGGGUCAAGGAAACGCGCCUCACACCAGGUAGUUAUUAUUAUUGGUCACUCCUCUACAGCUCAUGGUAAUACAUAGACACGUGACUGUAUAGCAUUUGUCAGAGCCAAACUUUCAUGUAUAUAUAUAUAUAUAUAUAUAUAUAUAUAUAUAUAUAUAUAUAUAUAUAUAUAUAUAUAUAUAUAUAUAUAUAUAUAUAUAUAUAUAUAUAUAUAACGUUACAUAUAUGUGUACAGAGCUGCUUGACACAAGAUUCUUUGCUGCAGCCAGAAAUAAAAAUAACCAAUCAGUCUCUGCCUGCCCCGCGCUGGCAGCCUGGCACCAGGAGCCCUGCGGCACUCGUUGGGCGGCGCCGGCGGGGCUCGUCGCGUGAUGGGGCGUGGCUCGUCGCUGCUCUGUGCUCGGUGCUGUUCUACAUUACCGUAAACAAAAUAAACGAACACAUUUUCAGUCAUUAUAUACAGUCUAGAAGCCAGUACAUCAUGGCAAUAAUUUCCUACUUAGCACACCGCCUCAUCCCUGGCCAGUCCCUGCCGCUGCUGCUGGAGCUUGCAACGCUUCUCUGGGCCUUCGUGAAACACCUGUCGACGCAGUUUCUUCCCAACAGCAUGUUUCGCCGUCUUCAGAACUGCAGGUGGCGUGGCGUGGCCCGUCGAGCAUGGGGCAGGUGUGGCCGAGGCGGAGAGGCGGUGUUGAGGGUGAAUUUCCUUCGUGGUGUAGCUACAAAUCCAUAACGUUUCGCUUCGUAUGAGUAGUACGUACCUAUUGUAGCUAUUAUGGGAAACUGAACGCUUGGCUCCUCACUGGAAUGGUUCACGGGCUGGCAGACAGUCCUUGGCUACUACUAUAAUACCUUCCUGAAUACUCGUGCCCUUACACUGUAAAUAUUUGAACCAUCUUCAAUGUUCACCAAGGCAUGACCGAUAUGAAGAUGCAGAUUGUGGUACAAAAUGCGAUGUGAGGGACGCGCCCCCCGCCAGCUGGUUUGGGGGGCUUAAAAAGGGGCGGAAAACAGCACUCGAAUGGAAAUGUGGGCAUUGGAGUACCACAUUCAUACUGAGGACGAAAAAAACCCCCUAUAACUAAUGACAAGCUCGCUUUGAAAUUUAUAACGUGGAUCUUGGCAUGCUGUACGUGAUUGCUGUCUGCCAUUCGAAUGCUGUCGUGGGUAUGACGUAGUGAGAUAUGAUGCCUCUAAAGCAAGGAAAUAGAAUAUACUCUCUCGCUGAUCAUCUUAGAGUCGUAAAUCUCAAGUAUACACACACACAUAUAUAUAUAUAUAUAUAUAGCUUGUUCAAAAUAUAUCUAACUCUGUUCACUUGUCAACUCAACCCCGAUACCCCGAGACCAAGACCGAGGCUUCAGUAGCAGACAGCUCGUGAGGAGAGGAGUGUGCACGUGUGUGUCUGUGAAUCUUUUUUUAUUUUAUUUUAUCGUAGUGGCCGUCUUAUAUUCCUUCCUUACCAUCACUACUUCGUGCCACGCUCAUCGCCAUCUCAGCCACCCAUGCAGAGCUGUGGUGGUGGCGGCGAAUAUCAG